UGAAGUUUCCUACUGAAUUUUUACAUAUCCAGAGCAAGUAUCUUAGAACUAUUUUAAGUUACAGGCCUUGAAUAAGAAGUUUAUCUAUAGCUUGUGUUUUUUAAUCAACCACGUGAAGAUAUUAUUUUCAGUUGAUGAUUAACUUGAAACUAUGGGUUGUUUAUCUUCACGAGCUAUAGUUGAAGAAAGGAGAGAUUUGUUUCAAGUAUGGAAUGUGGAUGACAAAGGGAAUCAUGUGUCUACAGGGAAAAUUGAACUUACUCACUCAGAAUUAAUUUUGUAUCAGAAAAGAAAACCUCCCAUACGAUGGCCUUUACAAAGUUUGAGACGGUAUGGUUAUGACUCAGAAUUAUUCUCUUUUGAGUGUGGUCGUAAAUGUUCAACAGGACCUGCUAUUUAUGCUUUCAAAUGUCAUCAUGCAGAAGCCUUGUUUAAUUUGCUUCAAAAAUGUAUUCAGAAUUGCACAAGUGGUGACUGUUAUACGGAGGGUCAGAUUGGUGAAGCUAGUGCUUCUUCUGGUACCAGACUUAGUCAGCAAGGGCCUGCCUUUAGUCUGCAUGAUUUGGUACCUGUAAGAAAUUCAAACAUUCCUUCAUCAUCAACCUUCAUGGUAUCAUCUCCAACAAACAGUAGCACUCAAAACAGCAAUCAAACUAAAUGCACCAUAAGACAUUCAUUCCCAGAGAAAUGGUCUACUAGAACUGCUGCAUUAGAUUGCUUUAUUUGUCACUGUAGUGUUCAUUCAUGUAAAACAUUUUCAACUCCAUCACCUCACUAUAUGAAUGAAGAAAUAGUAAUUCUUGGCUCUCAGCAUCCGAGGUCCUCUUUUUCUAGUGUAGUUAGUCACCCUUAUGUUAAUUCUUCUGUUAUCCAAGACACCAUGAAAAAAUCCAUUACAACAGAGUCUUUACAUCAGAAGCAUUCUUAUGUAAAUGUAACUGUGGAUUCUCUUAACUGUAUUGGUUAUAAAUAUCUAAAUGAUGAGUGUAGUGGUAUUCCUUGUUCACCUGAGAGUGGUUGUAAUUUAGACAUACAUAUUGUGGAUAUAAAUACCAACUACACACGUUUAGAUGAGCUCUGGAAACAGGACUAUAUAGAUAAACAUGAGAAUGAAGACUGUUAUGUUAAUGGAGGGUUGGAACAAAUAUCUGUAACAUGUGGACAGACAGACACUAUUACUUCUGAUGACAACUUUUCUUGUGUUUGUCCAGCAAGGUUUACUCGUGAAAUAGUAACCAGUCAGAUUUCACAAAAUGACAACUCUCACAUGUAUAUAAAUACUAAACAAAAUUGUGUGCCAGCAAAUCAAACAGAAGAGAUACAGAUGAAGUAUAUUACAUUAGAUCUUCAACAGAAGAAUAAAUCAGGUUGUAUUUCCUCUAUAAAGUUGAAACCUACAACUAUUGACUGUUCUAUGGGUUCUGCACAUCAACGUCCAGAAGGUUAUGCAACUAUUGAUUUUGAGAAAACUAUGGCUCUCUUAAAUUCUGCAAAUCCCACUGUUGAUUCAGAUGACAGUAUUCGGAAAACCAGGCACAGUGGAACUAUGCCAAGUGGCAGUCUCUAGAGAAAAAAAAGUAUGUAUU